AAUUCCCUCCAAAAGUUCACCUAGAAUGAAUUUGUGAAAUUGCGAUUCUCUUCCCUUGGCAUCCCAAAAUGCAAACUCUAACCCUUUCCAACAUGCUCCACCAGCACUUCCCUGAUGCUCUCCAUUUUUCGCUUCUCAAAUCCUCCAAAACCCACCAAGAAACCCAACAGCUCCACGCAUUUUCCCUCAAAACCGCCGUUUUCUCUCAUCCCUCACUCUCUUCUCGUCUCCUUUCUCUCUAUGCCGACCCCAACAUCAACAACCUCCGCUACGCUCGCUCCGUUUUCGAUCGAAUCCAACACCCCUCGUUGGUUCUCUGGAAUAUCAUCCUCAAAUGCUACAUACAAAACCAGCAAUCCCAUGAAGCUAUCUCCCUGUUCGUCCUUCUGCUUGGUCAUUUUCCGCCAGAUGAAUUCACGUUUCCUUGCGUGAUUAAGGCAUGUGCUAAGUUAACUGCUUUGAAAGAAGGCAAACAAAUACAUGGGUUGGUUUUGAAGCUUGGCUUCGGAUUAGAUAAAUUUGUGCAGGCUAGUUUGGUUAAUUUGUAUUCCAAGUGCGGCGAGAUUGGUUCUGGUUACACAGUGUUUGAUCAAAUGGAUGAUAAAGAUUUGGUUUCAUGGAAUUCUUUGCUUGAUGGGUAUGCAAGGUGUGGAGAAGUUAAGGCUGCCAUGAAGGUGUUUGAUGAAAUGCCUGAAAAGGAUUGUUUUUCAUGGACGGUUUUGAUUGAUGGGUUGGCGAAAUGUGGGGAGGUUGAGACUGCUAGAAAGAUAUUCGAGAACAUGCCAAAUAGGAAUUUAGUUUCGUGGAAUACUAUGAUUAAUGGGUAUAUGAAAGCUGGAGAUACUAAUUCCGCUUGUAAAUUGUUUGAUCAAAUGCCCACAAGAAAUUUGAUCACGUGGAAUUCAAUGAUAGGAGGAUUCAAAUUGAACUUGCGCUUUUUGGAAGCUUUGGAAAUGUUUGAGAGAAUGUUGGAGGAGGAAUUUAGGCCCACUCACGCUACGUUAGUUAGUGUGAUUUCUGCUGUCUCUGGAUUAGCGAGUCUUGGCACGGGAAGAUUGAUACAUUCGUAUAUUGUUAAAAAUGGAAUCGAAUUAGAUGGGGUGGUUGGGACAGUGCUGAUCGAAAUGUAUUCCAAGUGCGGAGGCAUUGAUAGUGCGGUAACUGUUUUUCGGACAAUAAGCCACAAAAAGUUGGGGCAUUGGACUGCUAUAAUUGUAGGCUUGAGUAUUCAUGGCAUGGCUGACCAUGCUCUGAAGCUAUUUCUUGAAAUGCGCAGAAUUGGUGUGAAGCCUAAUGCUAUAACUUUUGUUGGUGUGCUUAAUGCUUGUAGUCAUGUUGGAUUGAUUAACGAUGGUCACAAAUAUUUUAAUAUGAUGAUAAAUGAAUAUGGAAUUAAACCUGCUAUAGAACAUUAUGGUUGUUUGGUGGACAUAUUAUGCCGAGCUGGUUGUCUUGAAGAAGCAAAAGAUAUCAUUGAAGAAAUGCCCAUGAGACCAAACAAAGUAAUCUGGAUGACAUUGCUUAGUGGUGCUAGGAACCAUAGAAACACAAAAAUAGGUGAAUAUGCUGCUCAACAUUUGAUUGAAUUGGAUCCAGAGACUACUGGUGGUUAUGUUGUCCUUUCCAAUAUGUAUGCUGUAGCAGGUGAGUGGGAGAAAGUUUCUGAGGUAAGAGAAAUGAUGAAGAAGAGAGGAUUAAGAAAAGAUCCCGGCUGCAGUUCAAUAGAGCAUAAAGGGGUGGUUCAUAACUUUAUUGUGGGAGAUAAAUCACAUCCGCAAACAAAAGAAAUUUAUUCCAAAUUGGCUGAGAUGAGAGAGAAGUUGAAAUUGGCAGGACAUGUUCCUGACACAAGCCAAGUGUUGUUGUAUAUCGAAGAGGAGGAAGAGAAAGAAGCAGAAUUGGAAAACCAUAGUGAGAGGUUGGCUAUUGCCUUUGGUCUCAACAAUACUGAAGCUGGAUGUCCCAUUCGCAUCAUGAAGAACCUUCGUGUUUGUAGUGAUUGCCAUUCCAUCACUAAACUGCUUUCUAAAAUCUAUAGUCGUGAGAUUAUUGUGAGAGAUAAUAGCCGGUUUCAUCAUUUUAAAGAUGGAUUGUGUUCUUGCAAAGAUUUUUGGUGAUUACCUCAGAUGUUGGCUGGUAUUAUUGCCAUCUUUCAACGGAACUGAAAGGGAAGACCCUCAUGAUAACUUUAAGGUCUUCAGGCUGUGUUUUGUCAUCACGUUUGAGGGUUUAUAGAAAUGGCUAGAUAUGUUUCUUGCGCUUUAUUUAUAUCAACUAACUGAACCAGCCUCUUACUACAAAAUAAAACAUUUGCUUUAUGAUCUCAUCUCAUUUCAAGAAAGGUGCUAUUUCAGGGAAAAAGGAUAUGGAUUUAAUGAUACAACAGCUCAAAA